CGCGCUUGCGAUUGUCGCUCGCGUUCGUGCUCACGAGAUGGCCAGUAUCGUGGCGACUGUCCGCAAAAAGAUCCAUGAUAUCUUCGGUGCUGACGCGUUCUAUUGGGCCGAUCGUGCCUAUGUUGUAGACUGGGUAGUGAUGUGUAUGACUUGGCUAAUGGCAUGGUACAUAAAGGAGCUACCUCCAUUCGAGAGGGAGGUUGAUCCGAACGAUCCUGUGAUAAACCACAAACACCAUAAGAACACGAUAAGCGGUGAUCUCAAUAUCAUGGUCGCGGUACUUGUGCCUGCGGCGGUGGUUAUUACCGUCGGCGUACUCAGAGUAUCUGCCAUAGAGAUACACCACGGCCUGCUAAGUUUGCUAGCCGGAAGCGGCUUCAACGAAGUAAUAACGGAAUUAUUGAAGAACAGGGUGGGGAGGCUUCGUCCUGAUUUCUUGACCCGAUGCCGCUGGAGCGAUAGCGCCAGAGCUUGUACUGGUAAAGCUAAGGAUAUCUCGGAGGGCCGACGGUCUUUUCCGUCGGGACAUUCCUCGACAGCAUUCGCUGGAAUGGCGUUCCUGUCGCUAUUCUUGGCCGGCCUGAUGUGCACAUGGUCUUUCGGACAGCCUGCACCUGCUCGGAGCCUUCUCAGCACCAGGCUAGGCCGACUGUGUGUCACAUUGGCCCCUAUUGCAUAUGCGACGUGGGUCGCCGUUUCCCGUCUAGAAGACUAUAGACACCACAAGGAGGAUGUAAUAGUUGGAAGUCUUCUUGGGACAUUUUCCGCUGCGGCUGCCUACCUCGUCUACUGGCCAAAUCCGUUUACGCCUGAUGCAAAACAGACCGUCCGAAAUGUAUCAAGAGCCCGAGUUGUGUAUGGUCAAGACAGUACAAGAACGAUGGAUCGCGAAUACGGAUACGAAUUAGCAGGAGUGGGCGAAGCUGAGCCACCAGUGUAGACGGAACAUGAUACCAGGUACUGCAGGAAAUGCUGUCCAUUCCGAUUUUACUGCCCUAUGAUGUGUCUGCCUUGACGAACAUCCAACCAUCCCCAACCUUCUGCAUCCGACCGCCCGUGCCUCCAGCGUUCCCAUCAUCCUCCGCCGAAAGCUGCUGAGUAUUAUAUGAUUCUUCUUCCUGCCAAUCCGGAUUCUCCUGCGGUAUGCCGUACGCCGAGGGCGUAUCAUCGCCGCCGACCAGUGUCAACGCAUCCGUGUUUUGGUCGAAUCCUCUUCCUCGGCCCCUCGCUCCGUCGCGUCCGUUCCCGUGCCCAUGCCCAUGACCAUGCCCAUAGGAAUCUCCAUAACCUCUCCCCUUCCCUCUACCUCUUCCAUGCCACCCCUCAUUGUGAUCUCCCCAACUCUGUUCCUGCCCACCCCAUUGUCCGCUUUGCUGCAUACUGUAUUGGCCGCCCAUGGGGUACGGGGCACCAUUCAUACUCGCAGUGAGCAUUUGCACAUACUGCCAGAGCUCCUCCUGCGACGGUAAAUAUCCGUUUGUUACAUUCCAGGCCUUUCCCAGCGCUUCCCAUGACACAGGAGCGGACAUAUCGAAAGUGGUCCAAUCGAAUGUGUCGAGUCCGCCGCUUACGCCCGGCUGGGCGGCACUGUCCACGGUAGGGAUGGGAGCCCCAGCAGUCGGGGGCAUAGCCCGGGCGGGGAGACCGCCUGGCGCAGGGUUAGUUGUAGAUAGUGUAGGUAUCGGAGCCGGCUCGGCUGGCGGAGGGGAUAAUUCGGAGGCGUGCUGCUCGGCCUCAGGCGCUGAAGUGGCCGCGUCAGGAGAUGAGGGUCUGAUGUCUCGCCCGAACUCGUCUUUUCCGGCAAUGCCGGCGGCGGCGGGAGGCGAGAGAUGCAUAGGACUGCGUGCGCGAUCGUGCGGCGGGCUGUGUGGCCGGUUUCCGUUCCUGGCCGCAGGGCUGCGUGACCGAUUUUGUGGGUUCCUGCCCUGAGGUGCAUCCCAUCUGUUCUCCCUACUCCUGUUUAGGUGCUGGUCGCGUUCGCCGGGACGCCCGCGACCACGACCUCUGAAGCCGCCUCUGGGGCCGCCCCUGAAGUCGCCUCUGUAGGGCUCGCUUCUGUGAUCACCUCUCGGGUCGUUUCUGUAACCGUCUCUCGGGGGGCCUCUGAAGUCGCCCCUUGGGUCACGACGAUAGUCUCUACCACGCUGCUGCUGCUGAGGGCCGUUUGUGUACUUGUGGUCAUAUUGCGUCUCUCUAGGUGCAGCGAAACCGUUACUUUCAUCUCGAUAAGGAUGGGACUGAGAUGGACCUCCGUACGGAGGUGCUACAGGAACUGCAUUCGCAGGAGCCGCUGACGGCACUAACGAAGGUACUGGAACGGGCUGCGAG